AAUGCUGAAAUCUUACCAUGCAGGUGGAUGAAUUGCUUGCGGAGAGCAAGGAGAGGAGGGCCCUAGACCCUGCGAGAAGGAAGUACCUUUUUCAGAGAUGUUUGGAAUUGAAAAAAUCAGUGGAUGAAAAUACAUCUGUUCUUCAAAAAUUGAAAAAAACGGAUGAGCCCGCACCUGUAGGGAAUUAUAAUCAGAGAAAAGAAGAGGAAGAAAAACAAUUGUUAAAACUCUCCCAGCAGCUCCAGAAACUUGCCGCAGUCCUGAGUGAGGACAAUGUAGAUGGGAAAUAUCAAAAUAGUCCUCAGACAGAACAGGAAAAUGAAGAGGAGGAGGAGGAUGAAGAAGGUAGUGGAGAGGAAGAUGCUGAAGAGGAUGAUGACGACGACGGUGAAGAAGAGGAGGAGGAUGACGAUGAAUCGGAUGAUCAGCCAACAAUUAAAGAAUUUAUCACUGUUGGUGAUUUUGUUGCCCAGCAGGAAGGGGAUCUUACGUUUAAGAAUGGUGAAGUGCUGCUUAUACUUGACAAAAAGCCUGAUGGUUGGUGGAUGGCUACAAAUUCCAAAGGGGAGAGAGGCCUCGUUCCUAAAACCUACCUCAUGGCAAGCAAUAAAGACGGAGUUGGCCAAGAGGCAAGUGAAGAGGAAAGUGAGGAAGACAUAGAGGUGGUUGAUGAAACAGCAAAUAGUACCAAAAUUAAAAAAAGAACGGAUUCUCACUGGAGUGCUGUUAGAAAAGCUAUCACUGAGAAUAAUACCAUUGAUAUGCUGGCAACCAUGGGAGCAGUUCCUGCAGGAUUCCGACCAUCAACUCUCUCCCAGCUCCUAGAAGAAGGAAAUCAGUUUCAAGCCAGUUACUUCAUACAGCCUGAAUUUACUCCUUCGCAACUGGCUUUCAGAGACCUAGUAUGGAACCCUGAAACAGACUCUAUUCAGCCAAGGCCAACUCGAAUAUCACUGAUUUUAACUUUAUGGAAUUGUAAAAUGAUUCCCCUUCCAGGAGUGAGCAUACAGGUUCUCAGUAGACAUGUUCGACUCUGCCUUUUUGAUGGUAACAGGGUGCUGAGUAACAUUCAUACAGUUAGAGCUACAUGGCAACCUAAAAAUCCCAAAACAUGGACCUUCUCACCACGGGUAACAGGCAUCUUACCCAGCUUGCUUGAUGGUGAUUGUUUUGUCAGAUCCAAUUCUUCAUCUCCAGACGUCGGUAUAUUAUUUGAACUUGGCAUCACUUAUAUUCGCAAUUCAACCAGUGAAAGAGGAGAGUUAAGCUGUGGCUGGGCUUUUCUAAAGCUCUUUGACGCCAGUGGAAUUCCAAUUUCUUCCAAGGCGUAUGAGCUUGUUUUGAAUGGUGGCACACCCUAUGAGAGAGGUAUUGAAGUGGACCCAUCGAUAUCAAGAAGAGCAAGCAGUGGUGUUUUCCUUCAAAUGCUAACACUGAAGAAACAGCCUCAGCUUCUAGUGAAAGUGAGAUCGCUAAGCACACAGUCCAGAGGCACCCUGAAUCUUCUCCCAGAAACAUUAAUUGGCAGUAUGUGCUGCAUUCAUCUCCUGAUAUUUUAUCGACAAAUUCUCAGUGAUGUGCUCCUGAAGGACAGAAUAAGCACACAAAGUGCUGAUUUAAUCAGCAAUCCUGUUUUAGCAACUUUCCCCAAACUCAUGGAGCAGCCUGAUCUCAUGGAUGCUCUUAGGAGCGCUUGGGCCGAAAAGGAAAGCACAUUGAAGCGAUCAGAAAAGAGGGACCAAGAAUUUCUGAAGUCUGUGUUUUUCCUGGUGUACCACGACAGUGUCUUCCCCCUUCUCCACUUCACUUCCUUCCCUCAGCACAAGUGGGCAGAAGAGGAGUCAGAAGCCUCUCGGUGGAAGGUGAUUGCUGAUUUCCUGAAGCAGAACCAAGCAAAAGAUGGGGCGCUCUAUUCUCUGCUCUCCUCAGAGAGUGUUCACAAAGCUUUUGAUAUUUCAGAGAUCACAUACGACUUCUUAGGACAGGCCAGGAGGAGUAGUACUUCAGUUUGAUUGGAUUGUUGUGUAUAAAUUAAAGAUAUUACCAAUAAUCUGACCAAAAUGAGGGUUAUAUUACCAUGUGGCUUGGGUUUCUUUUGGUCCAAAGCGCAUUUUGCAAAUAAAUUGUAUUGUACAUCACAAUAUUUGGACAUGCCAUAAACUUCCUUUUUUAUACAGCA